CCCUGCUGCCUGCUGUUCGAAGAGAGAGUGAGAGCGAAACUAAACCAAGAAGCGAGAACGAAGAUGGUAUUUUCUGGAUGAGUAUAGAGUGAAAUAUUAUACAAUUUUGUGAAAGAAGCUAAUAUGUCAGCUAUUCGAGGAAUUUAUUGCCAAUUGGCUCAGCGUGCAAUAAGACACAUUCUCUUUUGUCGAGAGAUCCACACAUUACAGAGCCGCAACAUAUGUUUGGCUAGAAAGUUUACACCAGUGGUCACAACCCAACGUAGAUGGUAUGCAGAGAAGAAGAUAUUCGACCGAACGAAGCCACAUUGUAACGUUGGUACCAUUGGCCACGUCGAUCAUGGAAAGACCACCCUUACUGCAGCCAUAACUAAAGUGUUGGCGGACCAGAAAUUAGCUCAGCUGAAAGGUUACUCGGAUAUUGACAAUGCUCCCGAGGAAAGAGCCAGAGGAAUUACAAUUAAUGUCGCCCACGUCGAAUACCAAACCAAAGUCAGGCACUAUGGUCACACCGAUUGUCCGGGGCAUGCCGAUUAUGUCAAGAACAUGAUCACUGGUACGGCGCAAAUGGACGGAGCCAUCCUAGUGGUGGCGGCCACAGAUGGAGCCAUGCCUCAGACCAGAGAGCACUUGCUAUUGGCCAAACAGAUCGGAAUCAACCACAUGGUCGUAUUCAUCAACAAGGUUGAUGCGGCUGACGCUGAAAUGGUCGAUUUGGUAGAAAUGGAAGUGAGAGAGCUGAUGACUGAGAUGGGCUAUGAUGGAGACAAUGUUCCAUUUGUCAAGGGAUCUGCGCUCUGUGCGCUCGAAGGAAAAAGUCCCGAAAUUGGUGCUGAAGCGAUUUUGAAAUUGUUGGAGGCCGUAGACACACACAUUCCAACACCUGUUCGUGAACUGGACAAACCGUAUCUGAUGCCAGUUGAGAGUGUCUAUUCCAUCCCAGGCCGAGGCACAGUGGUGACCGGGCGGUUGGAGCGUGGUACACUGAAGAAGGGAACUGAGGUGGAGUUCCUCGGUUUUAACAAGACGCUGAAAUCGACGGUGACCGGCCUGGAAAUGUUCCACAAGACGCUGGAGGAGGCGCACGCCGGCGACCAGCUGGGCAUGCUCUGUCGCGGCAUCAAGCGCGAUGACGUCAGACGCGGCAUGAUUGCCUGCAAGCCCGGCUCCAUGAAGACCGAGGACCAUGUUGAGGCUCAGGUCUACCUCCUGAACAAAGAGGAAGGCGGAAGAGAAAAGCCAAUCACCCGUUUUUUCAAGAUACAAAUGUUCUCGAGGACGUGGGACUGUGCCGCUCAGGUUAACAUGGAUAAGGACAUGGUCAUGCCAGGAGAGGACAUCAAAAUGACGCUAAAACUGAUCAGACCGAUGGUUCUGGAACAAGGCACGCGCUUCACACUGCGCGAUGGCUCACAGACCGCCGGCACCGGUGUGGUCACCAAGUGCCUGCCGAAGUUGUCCGAAGAUGACCGACUCAGUCUGCACGACAGCAAGAAACGACGAGAGAAGAAGGCAGCUCUAGCCGCUGCUGCAGCUGCCGAAGCCGCGGCUGCUACCAAGGCCGGCUAAGGGUCACGUGACUCCUCAAUCAGUCACGUGAUCUACCAAACAUUGUCUCCCGGUGUUAAACAUUGGACAGAGCAGACACUCACUGUGUCUCAGUAUUCUCUCUGUAGUUGAACAGCCUCCUAAAUGUACAUUAUUUUAUAUGAUUUACUUUCUCAUUUAGACAUUGUGAUAAUGAUAGACACAUUGAAGAUGCAUUUCUAGUAUAUGUUCGAGGUUGGAUUGGAAGAUGUGUUUAUAGUAGGAACAUGCGUGUUUAGAUUGAAAUGAUGUGUAAAGUUACAACAUGGCUAUUGAUGCAUAUUUGAUACAACACAGAAUGUAACAAAUGCUACUCUUGGCACUCAGGUCGAAUACGCAUUAUAAUCUCAGAGUUAUAAUACAUAAUUUUCAUUUCAUUGGAAAUAAUGGUUUAAUAUGCAAUAUUAUAAUUGUUCAGAUAUGAAUUUUGGGUCUCUCUGGAACCAAAUAAUAGUCUAUGCAUACCAUACUUUUCAGUGUUGAAUUUUACCACUUUGUUUCUCUGAAGGUGGCCAGCCAUCACUAGCCAUCUGUUAUGAAUAUUUUUUUGAUAAAUAUUAUGUUAAACAAUCAA